AUGUCAAGCAACGAAACAAAUGCACCGCUUGAAAACAUCUCAACAGUUUUACGAGCUGUAACAAAAUUACAAAGUGAUGCUGAAAAAUCCGAAGAACUAACAUUAGAAAUGUUAGCUAGCGCUAUCAAGUUAGCAGCACUUCCAACACAUGAUGAAGAAAAAUUAACACCAGCAACUAUUGAUGGGGCUUUAAAAUUGGCUGCAAAGUCAUCGAGCGAACAAAAGCAUGAAAAUCUUACACCUGAAUCAUUAGCUAUUGCACUUAAAUUAGCAAUUAAAGUUUCAUCAACAAAUGAUAAUGAUGAUAAAGAUACAAAUGAAUUAUCAGCAAAUCAAAUUUUAUCAGCAAUGAAGGCAGCUGUCGCUUUGACUCAAACAAAUCAAUCCUAUGAGCCAGUUACAUCUGAACUACUUUCUGAUGCACUGAAAUUGGCUAAAAUCUAA